UCAGAGCAAGAUGAGCGCGGCGGACGUCGAGGGGGAAGAGGCCACCUCGUGCAGACGCGGAAGCGCCGGAUCGAGUCCCUGCGCUUCCAGCCAGAAACCCCGGAACCGGAGCCAGCGGCCCGAGCGCACCGCGGCGGCUCUGCGCCAAGCGCAAGAGUGGAGCGCGUGACGAAUAACGAAGAACGAGGAGACCAUGUUGCUGCGCACGCGACCGCCUCUUCUUCCUCUUCUUCUUCUACUUCUUGUUCUUUCUCGCGCUCUCGAGCGGGCCUUCGAUGAUGCACGCAGUAAUAAUAAUUCCAUCGUCCCCCAAAUGGACUAACUGAUUAUCGCAGAUCAUCGCGGAGGGAAGCCGCCGUUCAGUGUCACGGAGGGAAAGUGAAGGUAUAGAAAGAGGAAGAAACGGACGCGCGAGGCGGACCUCAACGUCAAAUGACCAUAGUGGCAGAAAAGAAGCCGCCACGGUGGAGUCGGUCGGUGCUGCGCUUGUCCGAAAUAUGACCAGCGGCGCUCGCAAGCCUCGGCAGAGAGAUGACGGCAUAACGCACCGGCUUGCACCGCGCGAGAACGAGCAGCAGUCCGCAGACUCCGAGCGGGCGCAACGAUGGCGGCUCUCCUUGGCGUCGCUCGUCGUCUUUGCCGCGCUGCUGUCUGACCGGCCGCGCUUCUGCGCCGAGGCCAAGCUUACCAAAAGCCGAGACGAGGAGCCGGCCCGGAUUGCUUCGCCUCGAGACGCCAUUUAUCUUGGAAACACUAGUCAACCGGCGUGGAGACUGGAAACGUGCCACGCGAACGGCGCGUCUAGGAGCUGCUUCACGUUCGUCGACGCGGACCACCUGUGUGAGGGCCUCUCGGGACCAGACGUGAACCCGAGCGAAUUGUACCUCUCGUUUUGCAACGCCUAUUCGCUAAUGGAUUUGCUGUACGGCUCGACGAACCCGGACAACUUAAACUGCAGCGUGGAUGCGCUCGCAAGCGACGACCCUUCCAGGUGUAGCCUGUGCGUACAGGCGUACCAGCGCUAUGACCUGCACGCUCAGGAGAAAUACGAGGAGUUCGAGAGCAUGACCGAGCGCUUUGAGACGACCGCGUACUCGGUGCGAACGUGCAUGGAUGAGUGUAAGGUGGUGUACAAGCCCUGGCUCUGCGCUCAGUUUUUCCAGAGCAAUCAGUCCAGCUGUAGCCACAAGAUCCCAUGUGAGCAGUACUGUCUUGAGGUCCAGCAGAGGUGUCCCUUCAUAUUGCCUGACAAUGAUGACCUUAUACAUGGAGGCACUCCCAGUUUUAUAUGUACAGGGCUUUCAGAGGAUGAAGACAACACCAAGCAUGAGCCACAGUGCUGUGAUGUGCGGUGGGAGUUAAAAUUCAAAGAAUGUUCACACAGCACAUUCAAAAGGACUCAUCCCUCACGCCAGCAUACGUCUGCUACGACCUCGGGAGCGCCGAGGCUGAAUCAAGGCAGACUGAAGCUCUGCUUGCUAGUCCUGGUCCUCUUGCACACGGUAGCGACCAUGACAGCUGUCCAGAACUCCACCUGCCUUGCCACUAUCUUCCCGCUGGAGGACAAUGCCCCCAGAGAAGAGUGACUGGAAGCAGGAAGGGGGUUAGCUCUAGCCAAUCAGCAUGCUCCAAAAAGCAAAAUAUGGCCAGCAAGGAACUGGGCCGAACCGAGUCAAAACAAGCACGCCAGGCACGCCGGGCAGAUCCCUAACUGCGCUUUACAUGUUCAGUGCUCUUUAUGCCCCAGGUAGAAGAAAUGACAAGAGAGAAUUCAAGAGAAGGGCAAGAAGAGAUGAAGGAAGAGGAAGACCAAGGCUGUGUCCUUUUGAGAUGUCAGUUCUCACACUGUUCUGAAAAGUAUACAUUUUGUUUUUUGUUGUAUCACAUGAUGGUCAGAAUUUUUCUCUUUUUAGCUUCUGCUGUCAAAAUGGGUUUCUGUGUUUGUCAUCCACUUCAUAUUAAAAUGGAAUGAGGGAAGAAACCUGUUAUAUGUAUCCAUGUCUCAGACAAACAACUCUAUGUCACAUAUUAUUUUCACAUUUGACAGCUAGCAUGAAUAGAAAUAUGCUGUAUUUGGAAAGAUACGAACAGGAGGCUGAGUGUUGAUUUAAAUCCGUUAACUACCUGUAAUCUCCAUUCUUCAUUGACGAGAUUCAGAUCUUUGCCUUGCAAAUAAGAUGUAGACAGGACCAGGUCAACACAGCCUUAAAAACAGACCCCCAUAGCAAUCAUUUGUGUAUUAUACCCUUUCCCAUGUUUAGCCUCCUUGCUGCUUAGCAGACUACAUCAUAGCCCUCUUGAUAUCCUGAUACCUACUGGGACAGCUGAUAUCUUUUUAAUGUGCAGUGAAAAGUGUGCUGAUACACCACCAUCUUACAGUACACCAUUCCUACAAAAUAUGGAAGGAAACCUGACUGGAUGCUAGGAAUGAAGAACUGGUACACAGUUCAAAGAUUCAAAUCAGCCAGUUCUAUUUUGUCUGAAUAAUGUAAUGGCUCUUUAGUAUUCUAUCCAAAAAAAGCUCGAUCAAAACAUUUGUUUUAUUGAAGUUUGAAUCAGAUCACAAGUCAUUAUAGCCAUUGUCCCUCUUUCCGUUUUAGCUCAAUCUUUACCUCGACAGGCUGCAAUAACAUGACUGGAGUGCCUGGUCUUGCCUAAAACACAUACAAGUUUUAUUUAGAAUGUGGUUGUUAAAUGACCUCCGAUUAACUUUCUUUGGGUGGUUCAUAGAUUCAAAAUGAUAUCAUGUUUUGACAAUUUUAUCAAUGCUUGUUCUUAUUUCCACACUUUUAUUUAUGCCCUUAGUACGGUGACUUAUAGAGCUGCUGAAAAGAACUGCAUAGUGAUCGCGCUGUCAUUUUUUUUGCCAUCGUUUUGGUCUCAAAAUGUCCUACACUGUCGUGUAAAGGGCUUAGCAGAUAGAUUGGAAGAGAAGGAGUUCUCAAGGGCUUAUUCUUUAAACCUCCUUCUGUGUGUAGGACUGUACGUUUUUGGUGUCUGACUGUAUGAGCGUCUGGCUGCUGAUAUACUGUUUUGCGGCUUGUUUUACUUGGUGUUACAUCAUUAACCUAUGUUAAAAGGUGUAUUUUUAUGCUUAACCUUUACUGUGUCUUUGUAAUUGGCUGGAUAACCUUCCCGGGCACAUAUGUUUCACACAAUAACGUUGCAAUGUCCCUCAAUCUGAAAGGCCCAAGUGCCUCGGCUGUCCAUUUGUUUAAUGCUAUUUCUUUAACACGGCAUUAUAUAGAGAAAUGGCGGUAGUUACAGCGACAGUUGAUUAACUGUGUAUCCGACACACAGGUGAUGCUCGGCUGUGGCGCUGAAGUUAUCGAUAUUGAAAGGAGCCCAAGUAUAUUUUGGGCCUUAAAAAUAUCACAUUGCGUUUAGACUAAAUUUAGAGAAAACAGCUGGCCUUUGUUUUUAAUUUGGCUCUGACACACACACAGCUCUGGAGAGACAAGAACCACAGAGAGCUUUGUAAAGUUUUCAUAUUUAUUCCUUUUUGAGUCAGUCUGGGCAAGUUCACAGUAUAUACAUACAGUAGAUUGUCAGAGCAGCUCCUAAUAUUUGCACAGUCUCAUUUUCUGCACACGUUAGUUGCACUUUUCCUGGUUCACGUUUUUGGGCUUAUAACAUUUCUGGCUCCCUUCUUAACCACUCAGAUCAAACCACAGCAGAAAUACAGUUUACAGGUGAAUACAUUAUACAGUACAGGUAACUCAAUAUACAGGUAAUUACUAGAUUGUUCUCUUUCAGCCUCUUCAUGCAGUUUCUAACCGAUCUGCAAUAGAACAACUAGCAUAGAGUUACUCUCACCUUUCUUGCUAACCACGUUGAUUUGCACCUCCAAGUUACUAAAAGCAUCGGUUUUGCUCUCUUAGGAAUUCACAUAAGAGUUAUGAUUUCAUGCCGUAAUACGGGUAAUUUUGGACUUUCACAUAGACUUUGUCAUGGUUGAGUGACUUUGUUUGGAUAUAUAUAUCAGCACUAACACCUAUUUCGACUUUGUGAUCAAAGAGGAAAUAAUGAUACACAAUGAUGAACUGUCGCUAGUUCCACGACAACGACAUACGUGAAAUUCGACCUUGUGGGAAACACUGAUUUUAUUACAGUAUAUAAUAAAGACCAGGCUAGCACUGUAUUGUAGUUUUGUGAUGAUGGCUUUAAUAAGUGAACCUAAAAAACAUGCUUUAACACAUAGUCAUGUUGUAUGUUCUAUUUGCUGUUUAAUGCAGCUGGCCAAGGUCUUACAGUUCAGAGGUGACAAUCAUUCCUCAUUCCAUUGAACAUUUGAGUAUUCUAAAAAAUUAUGAUCUAGCCUUACAAGCAAACAACGGGAUUUGUGGAUAUCGGGGAUGUCCUAUAACUAUAAUAUAUAAUAUAUGUAUAUAUCUUUUCUUAUAAUAAAAAUAUUCUAAGGAAGGAUAUUCAAGAACAAAUUCUUGACAGCAGAGGUUUUCAGGGUUUGCGGUAAUCCAACACUGCCGAGUGGCGCACAUCGUCUUCUUUAUAUAAACUGUUUUACUCUGCAUUACAUUUUACCCCGACAGCAUAUACUACUGUAUGCCCUGUGGUAACUCAGAACUACAGUUUCUAGAGAAAGGAAGUCAAAGAAAACCAGACGUAUGUUACAAUAUUUACGUUAUGACAACACAAAUCCUUUCAUAGCGAUCGUCAUUCAGCCUGUAAGCUAUUUUAAGUUUCCAUCCAAAGGUGACACUUAGAAAGUCUCCAGAACUGGCCCCCAUGUUGGUCUUGUUGACCUUAUUAAAAACUUAAGGCUGAUCCUACACAAUCCGUCUAACCUUCCCUCAGAUAUUUCACACGUUUAUUUUUUCCUUUUCGUCCCUUGUCUGAUCCACUUAUCUUUGGAAAUCCUGUUGAUCUAUGCAGAUGUGCCUCUGUCAUUAUAUUGUAGAUUUGUGCCAAUGUAAAUUUGUGCUAAUUUGUCUCACUGUUGCCUGUCUUUAUUUGAGAUUUUCGGUGUUUUUUUUCUCUCCCCUAAUCUGUUUUUUUCUACUCUGUUACCCUUCUGUUGGUCACAUGUCGGUGGUUUUGGCACUGCAUUUUCUUAGUCACGUCUCAAAAAGUGCAAGCUGCUUCAGUGAAUGUUUUCCUCUUCUGGGCUGAGCAAAUCGUGGUUCCGUGGAAUUUCAAACGCUGACAUGGAAUCAGACAGACAUAUAUAGAUAUUACAAUUAUUAUUACAGUGUCAUAUUGUCACACAAUAGAUGCUUUAGUUCACUGUUUCUCUUUUCAUUUUUUUUACACAAAGACUUUGAUUAAAUAUUUAUAAUUCGGUCUCACAGGUCAUGACCUUUUUUGAACGUAAGAUGAAAAAUACAGAUAUGUUUAUGAGAGUUCUGUUCUAAGGAAAAAUAAAUAGAGAUAUGUUAACUAUUAUGGGAGAAUUUCCUGACUUUUUUCUUGUCUGUCAAAAAAUGCAUUGUAUUCCAAUGACAAUGAUUCUCAAUGACGAAAUGAAUAUCGGGUAUCG